AUGGCUACCAGUUAUUCAAACCCAGAGUCUCUUACAGAGCUCUCAAGCAUAAUAGAGCGAACGCUCAUUGACACAGGUCGCUUAUUCCGCAAAUCCGGUUCAAUGCCAUCGAGAACCCAUCUACAACGAUCCAUUCCCUUGUAUCAUGAUAGUUUCCAAAAUGCCCUGGAUAACCUAUCAGAACAAAUAUUCAUCGCCAAAGCCUACUUGGAAAAAGACUACGAGGCUCUCAAGGCGACCAGCGCUGCACCUCUACCGCUCCAAGAUGUGGUCAUGAGUGAUGAUAAUAAGCAGGUCAAAACUGAAUUACAGCCUCAAUCAACUGAAACCCCCGCAGUGGGCAACAAUGUUGAAGCGCCACUCAAAUCAGAAGAGGGCGCCUCUGUGAGCCAACCGGCCCCCGCAGAGACCAAAACCGAAACCAAGGAAGAUCAGGUACCCGUCAAAGAAGAAAAAGAUACCAAUGCACCCGUAUCAUUCCCGGGAACAAAUGAGGAUCUCACAUUUGAUUCGGUCCUGAAUGCCGGUGGCACCAAUGACUUUGGUCUCAGUUUGGACUUCAACGACGAUGACAUGGGUAAUCAAGCUUUCCUAUCGGGAUCAAACUUUGGAGCCUCAGGCGCCGACAAGUCAAACACUCCACAACCUGCCCCUACCGGUGGCGGUGCAUUUGAUAUGGAGUUGCAGAAAACAGAAGGGGAUGAGGGUACCUUCCCGGGACAGGGUAAUGGGACGGAAGAUUUCAUGGGCCCGGCGGAAUCAAAUUUCGACGAUCUCUUCCUGGACACUGACAAUUUCGGGGAGAACGGGGGGGACUUCAAUCAAUUGGAGGGUGAUAGUUUGAUGAAUGUCAAUGAGUUGGAUGAUAAUUGGUUCAAUUAA